GACGGAGCCAUCUCUUCGCCGAGAGGAAAAGGUGAAAUGUAGCAGCAGCAGCGCAGUUUAAUCGAAUAAUAUGAAAUAGGAACCAACGUGGAAAAUAUGUUAAAAACUUUAUUUUUGUUUGUGUCUGAGAACUCAGAAAACAUUAGUCGUGCAUAAAAAUCAAAUUGAGACUGGACUCAGUGCCACUCAAAAAAGUGGAUAUUUUGAUUAGGAAAAGCAAUAGAGCAGCAUCGGGCAGCCGGAAAGCAGAAAACUGCAUUGUCGGAUACGCCGCCGGGGACGGACGAAGGUGACAGUGGCGCGCUUUAGUGCAACCAAAAAAGGAAGGCAAGAGGUGCCUUUGCGUAAUUAACUGUAGUUGUGCAUGCGAUUCCUCGAAAACUUGACGCUGUUGUGAACACGUGAUUAAAAAUUUGAAAAACAGCAUUUGAAUAUCCUCGGCGUAAAAUGUCUAGCUUUCGAAAACGACAUGUUCAAAAGCCAAUACCGGGUACGCGCACCAGUCCACAAACAGGGCAAGUAAUUACGUCUAGUGGCAAUCCAUCGCUUGAUGUUAUUCUAGGUGGUGGUUUGCCCGUUGGUUCAAUAUGUCUAAUUGAGGAAGAUAAAUACGUCACAUUUUCAAAGGUUUUAGCCAAGUACUUCAUCGCCGAAGGUGUACUUUCGGCUCAAUCGGUUUUAUUGGGUAGCUUAGACGAUGAUCCACAGGAAAUAAUGCUGAAAUUGCCGAAACCACUCAAUGAAUUCGAACUGGAGAUGGAGAAGGCUACCGAACAAGAAAAAGGAGACCCACUCAAAAAUGGUCUACGGAUUGCCUGGCGUUACAAUGAUCUACCACCUGUAAAUUCAGAACAAAUACCCAAGAAAAUAGGCCAUCAUUUUAAUUUGAUGGAACACAUGGAAAAAAAUGUGGUGGACUUUGUUGACAAACUGCUUUGGAAUGGAAAGCCGUAUGUUAGUUCGGAUGAAGGAUACGAUGAGGAUAAACUGGGUAAUGUGGAAAAUAUUUCCUUCGGCAAUCAGUCAAAUGCGCCGCCAAAGAAUGACGGUGACCAAAACAUAACCAGCAGCAUUAGUUGCAAAGAAAUGGACUUGGAGCACGAACAAAUUAAUAUUGCUGCUGGUGUAUUGUCCAGCCCUACCGAUGAAUCUACCAGCAAACAAUUUUCAAAUAGUGUUCAAAUUCAUGAUCAACAAACGUCCACAAACUCAGAAUUGGAUAAUCAACAAACAUCAGCACAUACUAUACAACCGGAGAGUGUUCAAAUUUUCAGCAAUUCUAAAUAUCAGUCUAUCCUGAAAUUAAUACAAUCAUUCGCUGGAGAAGAAAAAUUCGCAACAGGUGCAUUGACGUAUCGCAGUCUUUGUAGAAUUUGUAUAACAUCACUGGGUUCACCGCUUUGGUUCGAUGAAGAUUUUUCAAAAAAUAUUCUAAAAUUGUUAACAGUUCUAAGAGGAAUAGUUCGCAACUCUAUGACUGUAUGUUUCAUAACUAUGCCCAUGAAUUUAAUUGGCAAGUGUGAUGGGACGCUUGUGCCGAAAAUACGCAAUCUGGUGGACUACGCCAUAGAAUUAGAAUCUUUUACAGGAUCAGAACGCGAAACCCAUAACGCUUUCAAAGAAUACAAUGGCCUUUUACAUGUGCACAAAAUUACAGCUGUGAAUACUCUUACAGCUUAUAUGCCGGAGACUUCCGAUUUGGCGUUCAAAUUACGUCGAAAGAAGUUCGUCAUUGAAAAGCUCCAUUUGCCUCCAGAAUUACAAGAAGACGUUCCUGAAAAUAAGCCCACUCUUAGUUGUGGUGCGGGCGUUCAACCAAGAACUGCCUCAUUGAAUUUUUGAGUGCCACUAUUUAUUGUCUUACGAAAAUACUGCUGGGAUGCAAUUGUAAAAGAUUGUUCGCUAUUUAUAUAGUGUAAUUACCACGUAUUGCAAGAUAUCCCUUUUCAACGCAAUUAACAUAAUUAUAUUCGAUUUCACCAACAAAAAUAAUAUUUUAAUUGAUCACAAGAUUGACCUGAACAAAAUAGACAGAGUUGGUGGACUCCACUCAUUAAAAACAAAUACCUUUUUUCAGUUGACUAAAGUUUGAACAAAGUUUUAUUCAACAUUAUUGAAAUAUUUCUUUCAUGCUUUAUAAAUAAUGGUUUUCAAAAGUCUUCUUUUAAUCAUUCAAAUUGUGAAUGCAAAGGAAGAGAAUAAAUAUAAGUUAAAAAUGAAAAUUGUAACGGAUUUAAGUAUAAAGUAAUUUAAUAAAAAAUAAAACAAUUUUU